AAAAGUCAGUGUGACUCUGAACAACAGCGGGCUAUCCCAGAGUACUGUGCUUCCACUGCUUUAUUUUUAGCAGCAUAAAUAAAUGUUUCAUAAAUGCUCUGAAAUCCACUGAGCUGUGUCUAAUUCCACCACAUAUGGAAGUGGGUUUUGUCUAUUUCAGCUUUCAAAUAGCCCUGAUUCUUAGCUUUUAGGCCUUUAAGAGAGAAGGUCCAGCCACACCACCAGCAUCUGAGUAAGUCAUCUCACAGAAGCUGCUGGUUUAUACUAACAGAACGACACCCAUUUUACUGGGACAAGGCAUUACUUAAAAUUUGCUGAAGAUCAUACAGUGAGAAGCACACAACUUUUGCACACCUAUACAAUAUUAUCCUAUGAACAAACUCAAGAGUGGUAGAGUAAGACGUGAACCAUGUAAGGGCUUACUUAUGCAUAAACACCUGCCAAAACACAUGCCCACGCUUACCGCGAGUCUGUAAUUGCUUGCUGAAAAACGGCCACUUACUAGUCAAGGGCUACUGGGGCCACUACAAAGCUGCUUUGUCUACCCUCGUCCCAGCAAUAACACAAAAAGCAUAGUCCCAUAAACAUACUGAACUCAAAAGCACACUACUGCCAACCCGCCCUCCUCACAGCACCCCCAGCGCCCCAGCGGGUCGGAAGCCAUUUUGUGCGUGACCGACACUCACAAGCGCCGGCGGAAAGUUGCGCGCAGGAGACGCCCCUCCCGCCACAGCGCCGCCGCCAUCUUGUGGGAGCGGGACAGGCUUAUUUGCGCAGUUUCGAAUUUCAUCUCUUGAGGUAGACUAUAAAGCGAAACGAAAAGCACAAUUCUUCCCUCACUUCGCCCUAAAACACCUAACGGCACGACUCACGAUAAAAUCGUCAGGGUUAGCGAAUGUGGCUCGGAAGAUGUAUAAUGAUGGGAAGGCGGAUAAAGUCAGUUCCCGAGUCCCUCAGCGAGGGGAGACCUCUGCCUUAAACAGCGUUGGUAUUUGUGCGUAGAGGCGGCUCAGGUCUCUCCAGCAGCCCUAAGAAAAAAUGAGUUGAUGUAAUCAACUUUGUCUAUGGACGAUCAUUGGAAAAUACUGGAUGGAAACUAAUGCUGGAUCUGGAUCAGUGAUUUGGCAAUGGUCAAAUACCAGUAUUCCAAUGUACUUGUGGACAGACUUGCAUGCAGAACUGCUUAUGUAAAAAGGCAUCUAGUUAAGAAUGAACACCAGAGAAGUGCUGUGGUAGACAUGGGCUUCAUUUCAUGUUGGCUUCCUGUUUAAAAAACAGGAGGCUGUCAAUUUUAAAGGGACAGCAACAAAGUGAUGACCAGGUGCCAAGUGCCAGCUGUCCUUAUUCACCAGAUUGAACAAGAAUUGGAUAAAGACGAAGAAGAGAUGGUGGUUUUCCUGUGCAGAGACCUUGCUCCUGACUUGGCCACUGCUGACCUUAGAGAGCUCUUGGUGGCUUUGAAUGAAAGGGAGAAAUUGUCUUUUCUUGGCUUGUCUGAGCUGUUGUACAGAGUUAAGAGGUUUGACUUGCUGAGGAGAAUCUUGAAGACUGAGAAAGCCACAGUGGAAGCUAACCUUGCCAGGAGUCUCAGACUUGUCUCUGAUUACAGGGUACUAAUGGUAGAGAUUAAUGAAAAUCUGGAAAAAGAAGAAGUGAGUUCUCUUGUUUUUCUACUCAGAGAUUAUGCACCUCGUAUGAAAAUGGUAAAAGAUAAGAGUUUUCUAGCUCUUGUGAUUGACCUGGAGAAACUAAAUUUGGUGGCUCCUAAUCAACUGGAUUUGCUGGAAAAUUGUUUUCGAAAUAUUCACAGGGUAGACCUGAUUAGGAAGAUUCAGAAAUUCAGACACGAAGCUUUAAUGUCCUCUGGUCAUUCUCAGCCAGUAUAUGUAAAUGCACUUCAGGCAUCUCUCCCUAAUCUCAGUCUGAUCGAUCCUCCUUAUAAUUCAGGGAUCCAGAAUGUGAACAAAGAAGAAUCACAGACUGGACAAAGUUUUAUUCUGGCAGAACCAAUCCACAUGUCCAUUCAGGAAUCAGGACCAGUGUCACAUAAGGUGUUUGAUGAUCAGUACAGAAUGCAAAGUCAACCUUUAGGAAUAUGCCUGAUAAUAGACUGUAUCGGCAAUGACACAGAUGUGUUGGAAGAGACCUUCAGAGGCUUAGGCUAUGACGUUCAUUGUCACAGAUACUUAAAUAUGAACACCAUGAAUCAAACAUUGCUUGAAGUUGCAAGGUUGCAGAAGCACAGAAAUUGUGACAGCUUCAUUUGUAUAUUGGUCAGCCGUGGAAGUCCUCAGAGCAUCUUCUGUACAGACCAUACCUUUUCUGGAUUCCCUUUGGAACAGAUAAAGAAAUACUUUACAGCAGACUCAUGUCCUGAACUCCUAGGAAAACCGAAGCUUUUUUUUAUUCAGAGCUACAUUGUGCCAGAAAAUGACCAAGAACAUACUAGUCUGUUGGAAAUAGAUGGGGAUGAUGAGAAAAUCAUUGCUAACACAAAAAUCCCUUGGAAAGUCACUAUCCCCCAAGUAGCAGACAUCUUUUGGAGUCAGUGCAAGGUAGAUGUGUCUACACUAGAAAAAUCUCCAACUUCAUCCUCAUAUUAUCUGCGUUGUCUGGCUGAGCUACUCCGCAAUCCUCAUAAAAGGAAACUCUCUAUAUUAGAUAUCCACACAGAACUGAACAGAAAAGUCUAUGAAUGGAAUAAGACCACUGACCCAAGCCAACAAUACUCACUUCUGCUCCAGCACACACUGAGGAAGAAACUUUUUCUUUCUCCCACUUAACUGCUGUUGGAAAGGACAUGUCUGAAGUGGCUAACAAGAAACACUAUGAUGCAGACAGUUUCACACAUACUUUUAGUUUAUGCAGUGUUGUUGCAUGUGUAUCUAAAGUGCCUGUUGCUUCCAAACCCAGGGAUUUAGAAGCACUUUUAUGUGUUGAGGCCAAUUCCUUAUUGAUAAUGUAUCUGAAAGCUUGGAUGAGAAUGGCAGCUAUCGUAUAUAGCACUGCAACAGACCUACAACCAAGUACAACAGGUAAACAGGGUGGAAGGAGCUCUAAACUGUAUAGCUCAUGGGUUUUCCAGGGCUUUGCGUUUUUAUUGUUUCAUUGGUGGUUUUUUAGCAUACCUAUUAGCAGUGCACCUAUCUAGGUUCUUCUGUUGAUGCUUAGAACAAGUAUAAGCCAGUGCAAACCACUGAAAUUCACUGGGUACUCUCCUCAGCACCUAAUAAUGGAAAAUGUGUCAUGAAAAUGUCUACACAGCAAUGCCAGUUCUUCAUUAGCAAGUUCUGACUUGUGUGCCUCCACAGACUAGCAAAACAGAAGGAGGAGAAAGAUGAUCUUAUAAAUAAUUUGGAUUCCAUCUGCCUGCUGCAUUACAGGUGGUGAUUCACCCAGAACCCUGUGUUGUCAGUACUAUCCACAGCACACAAUGGUUAUAUGUUAAUAAAUGAGACAUUCUGCCAUGUUUUGGGCUAACUGUGGCAGGGCUUUACAGUAAUCUACCAGACAGUUAAAAAAUGUGGGAUUUUGGCAGAUGUUUUGUGGAAGGUGAAACAUGAUUCACAUUUGCUGCACCAUGCAUAGUUGUAAAAGUACACUUUUAUCAUAUUUGAACUUAAAUGUCCUGUAGCAGCCACUGGCUCUUAAGAUGGGUUUAAAUUAAACACUGCACCUUCAUUUCUUUUGCUUAAGAAAAAGGGUGCAUCUUUAUCAAUUGUGGUUUGGUUUUUUUUUUUCCAAGUUGCCCUUACUCUUCUGAAAAAGACAUGAGUUAAAAUCGUCCUAAAUAAGUGGAGCAGAUGCCUAACCUAAAGAGUUGAGUUAAGCUGCUUGUUGUAUAACAGUGUAACCUGGAUGAGUUGUAUUGAAAUUUAUUGUAACUGAAUUUAUGGCAUUCUCUUCCCUCCUAAAGUAGGCCACUGGUGUACUUCUAAUACUUGUAAUACAGUCUCCUGUUCAGGAAAGAAUUCAAGGCCUUGGUGUGCCUUGCUGGGUUUCUGGUGUCAUUACACCAUACAUCCUUCUGGCAUGUGUUUCAUGUGAGCAGAAAGGAAAGGAGUUUUUGCUAAUACAGGGUAUGCGAGUUCCUUGAGCAAAUACACUGCAAAAAGAUUUUUUGCUAGUGUAGCUGCAUUUGAUUUGAGUAAAAAGCAUAUGUGCUUACAUAUAUAACUUCACCUACAAUGCUUUUCAUUGUAGACCAAAUGUAACAGGCAGCUAGCCUAUUGAUACUAUAGUGGUAUACUAUCAGUAUACAUUAGUAUAUUACUGAUAAUUAGGAGAGCUUGGCCAGUAAACUGGUAGCAGUGCCUUUUUUUAUUCCUUGAUAUUGUGUUGUACAUCUUAGGUGUUGGCUUGACGUUUUUAUUAACUUCUUUUUUAAAACCAGGCUUCUUAGGUUUCACUUGGGGGGAAAAAAAAAAAAAAGUUUUCAAGUAGUUUCUGUAAUUGAGAGUAAAAUGCACUUUUAUUUGUCAAAAAGUAGAUAUUGAAGUCUAAAAAGUGCUCAGGAGUCUUUCCUUGUUAUGUGAUGUAGACCCAGUCUCUUCCUGGCUUAAGAAGUUCCUAAACUGCUGAUUGAUGAGGAUUGUUAGGAGUAUACAAAGAGGAGAAACCCACUGAACAAGUUUUAUCCUAUAGUCUUUCACUAUACGUGCAAAAUGUUAAGAUUGAAAUAUGUAUUUAUUUAUAUUAAUGUACUAUUUUAUAUAAUAUAUAAAGUACGUUUUAUAUCAUUGUGAUUAAAUCUUCACUCGUUACCUUUUUUAAAAUUUUGUAUUCAGUUUUAUUUGCAUGUUAAUUCUGGAAAGUUCCGUACACGGUUGUGAUGUGAAGAAAUUUUUGCACAAUUCAACAAUAUAAUUCACCUGUAUUGCAAGUCUAUGCAUUCCAUAUUUUUCUCUUUCCACUUCAGAAGCUAUGGUGUCCUCUUUAAUAAAGUAUAUGGAAACUUUUUAAUAGCUUUGAAUUGGGAAAUAUAACCCCAAAUUUUAUGUUUAACUGUGGGUACAUGUGUUAUUUGUGUUACUGUAAUUUGAUGUAGGCACAGGCAUAAGGGGAAAAAUCAAAUAUAAUUUUUUUCAAAAUUCAGAAAUUCUCUAAAAGCUUAUUUUCUAUAAGCAUUAAAGUAAGAAUACUAAAUCCAGUUUCAUGAUCCUAUUGGUGUGGAAAUAAAUGCAUCACAGUGGGGCAGAGAGAGGGGGCAGGUCUUCCUUUCAGUUUAGUGUUCUCUAAGAAAGGAUUUACUAAACUGGUCCUUUUCUUUAAACUAGGGCCAUAAUGCUUCUGGCUUUAAAAUACUAAAUACAAAAUUUAAAAUACUUUAUGUCUUAAUUAUGUUCAUAUGUAUUCCACACACUCAAGUAGAGAGCUUACUGCAUUGUAUCAGCAGAAGGGUCUGUACUAUAUGUGAUAGGUAAUAAAAAUAGCAUUCAUUUUAACCCUAAAUAUUUAAUAACUGACUGUCUUCCAAUAAAGUAAAGCACAAGUGUAAUUUUGAAACUCUACCUUGUUCAUGUUCAUGGGGUAAGAGAAGAAUUAUAAAAUGACAGAUUUGGAAUAUUAGAAGUUACUUCCUAUAGUGGCUGGUAAAUUAAGCAAAUGUUGAAACAAGUAUGUAUUCUGUGGUGGUAGAAAUAAGAUGUGAUUCCUAUUUAUCAUAUAUACCUAUGUGAUGUUAAUAAAUGUGGUUUCACA